UCAUUCUUCACGAAACCUUGGCAACCCUAUUGUACUCCAUGCCAGUUAGAAUCGAAUGGGAAAUGGCAGAAAAGAAAAUCUGAAGGAAGUGAAGGGUCAGGAAACGGGUGAAACGAUAACGAGAAAAAAUCGAAGUUCAAUCGAAAAUACGAGCGGCCGCGCGAGGUGAAGCAGCAGCAACGGCGGCACAAAGAAGUUCUACAAGAAGUAACGACGAGUUAGCAGCAACGACGGCAACGAGAUAACGACCAGCCGCGACGUCAGCAGGGAGCCCGUCUCGAGCUUGCACAAAAGCGGACGGAAAACGAGUUUUGAGCUCGCGAAUCGGACCCCGGACUCGGAAUCGAGCACCGUCGAGCAGUUAGUGUUCGCCAGUUGUCACUUCGCAGUCGAGUUUUGAGAUUGAGUGCAUUCCGCGCUCGUAGCGAGAAGUCAGAAGCCACAAAUCAGAAUUGCAAGUUGGAAGCUGGCCGCGGCCGAGCCAAGUGGAAAAUUUCGUUGCUAUUUGCCGUCGAGGGUUUGCACGGGCACACACGGUUCGUUGUUCCAAGUGCAGCACAGACGUUCGCAUCCCAGUUUCAGUUUUUUGUUCGCCUGAGUGAGCCAAGUUCCCGGCCGUCCCUCAGGAAAGGGAUAAGUGGUCCAGUGUGUUCGCGGGCGUGGUGAUCCGACUCCAAAACGUUCGAAAGUCACCAGUUGUGCGGACGACAGACGUACUGAGAACCCGCGAGGAAAGUGCUGUAUGCAGCAGAAGAUGGGCCCUGCGGCAGGCGAGCAGUGAGCAAGCGAUCGGGAAAAAAUAGUAAAAAUCGGCGCCUGAGCGGCGAAACCUUGCGAGCAAGAAGUGUGAUGACUUGUUUCUUUCUCCUUGAGACCCAUUCCGUGCAAUUCGCGAUCGAGGAGCUGCCGCGGUUUGAAAUUCGACUGGAAUAAAUCGAGAUCCGAGCGAAGAGUGGUUCGAAGCGUGUCGCAGCAGACGUGAGACCGGAAAACGUCGUCGUCGCUGCCGUGGAACUGCAAGUGCGCUCGUUACCGAGAAAACAGUGUUUUCAGUGAAGUAUUUUGAAAUUCAGUUACAAGCAAUCGUGAUUAUAGUUUUGCCCGGGGAGAGACAGCCAAAUCGACAAAUGCUGUCCGACGGAAUUCGUCCCAUCGGAGAUGGGCUCCUGGACGUGGAGGAGGAACGUCUCCGGGCCUUGCUGGUCCCGCAGGAUAUCAACGAAGUGUACGAGGUGGAGCAGACGCCGUUUGCAAGGGGUAAAUUUGCAGCAGUCAGACGAGCUGUUCAUAAAAGUUCAGGAACACAUUUUGCUGCGAAAUUCCUUAAACGGCGUCGACGUGCUCAAUCAUCAGAUAAAGAAAUCAAACAUGAAAUUGCCGUUCUAAUGCUAUGUUCCGGAUCGGAGAAUAUUGUAAAGUUGAAUGCUGUCCAUGAGAGUCGUUCGGAUACAGCUCUUCUUUUGGAAUUAGCGACAGGUGGAGAGCUCCAAGCAAUUUUAGACGAUGAAGGAUCUCUGACUGAAGCUCAAGCACGCUUCUGUAUGAGACAAGUACUUAAAGCUUUACAGUUCCUGCACAAACGUUCGAUAGCACAUUUAGAUUUGAAACCACAAAAUAUAUUAUUGGCAGGAAAACGUGUUGAAGAUGGUCUCAAGCUCUGUGAUUUCGGCAUCUCACGUGUUAUUGAGAAUGGCAGUAAAAUUCGUGAAAUUCUUGGUACGCCCGACUACGUUGCCCCCGAAGUUCUACAAUACGAUCCGCUAUCAUUACAAACUGAUAUCUGGUCCGUUGGUGUAUUGGCCUAUGUAUUAUUAACAGGAUGCACUCCAUUUGGCGGCGACACAAAACAAGAGACAUUUUUGAAUAUAUCACAAUGCUCGCUAACAUUUCCAGAUGAAUUGUUUAAGGACGUUUCACAGGGAGCCAUUGAUUUUAUCAAGAGCACACUUAGAAUUAAACCAGAAGACCGUCUCAACGCCAUUCAGUGCCUGGAACAUAUCUGGCUUAAGGAUGAAUCGCCAAUGAGCAGUACAUUUCUCAGCGUUUCCCGGAACAGCACAGACCAUCCUAGACGAUACGAUUCAGGAAAGGAUCUAGACUUUGAGACUGUAGAUAUAAAGAAGAAAAACAAAUCAGGCGAUGACUAUCGCUCGAAUGAAUACAAAUCACCAUCGACAACGACAACAACAACAAAUGGCUGUGCUAGCGAUCGCUACAACAUCAAAUCAACAGAACUGAAUAUCGACACAAAUAGAAGUCGCUACAAGUACCGGAGCACCUCUCCGUCCAGCCGGCUCACGAAUAACAGCAGCAGUAGUACUGUAUCGGAUGACUGCAGCAGCAAUGAGCACGACAAAGAGAACUUUCUAGUAAAUUCAACAAAUGUACUAUCGACGAGCAACAUAAGACUAUCUUCCCUACAAAAGUAUGGAACCACUCAUGAGUUGAGUAGUAAAAUAAGCGCACAAUCGAAACUAUCCUCCUCUGUGUCAACGAAAUUGUCGACAAGCAACAGUGCCAAAUAUGUAAAUAUUGAGAGCUGCAACGGCACUGCAUCCUUGAAGCACUAUCACACCACAACGAAUGGAGCCCACGAGCCCGUAGACUACGUUCGUAGCUGCAUUGAGAAGAUCCGAAGUCCCACAAAUGGAUCCACCCCGACCGCGGUCACAACAGCAACAAUUUGCAUAUUCCCCGAUGCGCCUACCACACCAAAAGUAAUCCGCAAAACGCCGCCCGAAACGACACGGAGCGUGAAAGCGCUCGUGAAGAAGUUCCAGCUGGAGAGCGAGGAGUCGAACGCAUCAGGAGUCCCACCGUUGCCCUCAACACCACCGCCAUCCAUGUUAUCGACUGCGUCGACGACGGGCAAACUAGAGAAGCCUCAUAUCAACGAAAACGACAGCGACUACCGCGUUGUCGAUAGUAGUAGUAACCACAAUAGUAGUAAUAGUAGUAAUAAUAGCAACAGUUACAAGAGCACUUGCGUUUUCUGCCUGACCUGUGGCGGUCCCGGAUGCCGGCAUUCGGGCCGGACGUCCGUCUCCAAGUCCUCAGGAAAUUUAGGUAUCGAUCAGGGUAUUAUUUGUUAGCUAAGGGUAUUUACUGUUAUUCUAACGCGAAUCUUCAAUGUUAAUUAUCGUUGUUUGUCGCGUUGCCGUCAUUAUCGCUAUCGUCGAAAGCUGUCGUCCGACUGCGAAAACUACGGCUCGGCGGACGGGUGUAAUGAUGGCGAUAAUGAUGAUGAUAAGAAGAUUUAAUGUUGUAGACAAAUAUUCGAGUUAUAUAAAUGACAGUUGAACUUAAUAUAAAGAAAUGAAACGGGUUAAGCGUCCGCCGACUCAGCGUCGCAUGUCUUGCAUUCGUCGCACAAAUCACAAACACUCGCUUCCCAUGCGCAGGUCGGGUCUGCUGUGACUAUUCCUAUGGAUUGGCCCAGCGGCCGGCAGAGCUGCAUGGGUCCAGCUUGUGUACAACUAGGACUCGUGUAAGGCAUGCGACGCGGACGCUUACCGGGCCAAGGAAUCUACUGUAACAAAUAUGGUACAUUCCUUUAACAAAGUAAACGUAGUGCUACCUGCUUUCAGUCACCUUCUCUACACAAACCACUGCUGCUAACGGGAAUUGAUCGCCGGGCUCAUAUCGAUCCGUUUUCUGUAUAAACUGAUACUUACUUCGCGCAGAGCAACUAUUGUUGUUGAUGUUAUCCGAGAGCAAUUUCGCAAUUGCAUAAUCUAUUUUUUAAAUGGAGUUACAGAGGUACAGUGGCGGGCGUGCGCCUCACAACACGCCGCCCUGUAUCUCCGCAUUGUUAACAAGAAAAGUAAAAAAAGUUUCCUUAUAUCUCUAAUUUUAUGAUUACUAUUAUCGGUAGGAUGUAAUGUGUCCCCUGCACGACUUUUUUCUUAAUCUACCCUCCAUUGCGCUACUUUUAAUUUAAACGUUUUCUACCCUCUUAAUGCCUCCACCUUUGCAAAUAUUUAAUAAUAUAUAUUAUUUCUUUUUUAUUUCCAUUUUAUUAAAAUAUAUGUAGUGAUAAGGAAGACUUAUAUUUAUUCGUAUAAUUAUGGAUUAGUCAUAAAGAGAGGAUGAUUUCCAGCUGUAACAAACAUUUGAGUAAGAGGAAUAAGUUUUGUUUCUGUAAUUGGCAGUUUUCGUCCUUUGAAGCGAUGAAUGAUGAAUACGAUAAUAAAGUUUAUUGCUAUUAAAAUAA